AUGCCGCCUGUCCACCACGGUGGUAAGAGGGCUCCAGCGAAAACUCGCAGCCAUCGUGCUGGGCUAAUGUUCUCUGUGGGUAGAGUACAUAGAAUUCUGAAAAAUGGUAACUACGCACCUAGGGUAGGCGCUGGCGCCUCUGUUUAUCUUACUGCUGUAUUGGAGUACUUAUCAGCUGAGAUCUUAGAAUUGGCGGCUAAGGCCGCUGAAGAUAAUAAAAAAUCAAGGGUAAACCCCCGUCACAUCCUACUGGCUAUCCGCAAUGACGAUGAACUGGACAAAAUGUUAAGUGGUGUAGUAAUAACCCAGGGUGGGGUACUACCACAUAUUGAGCGACAAUUACUGCCUAAGAAAACUUCUAAAAUCAAGCACAACACAAAUACCUCUUCACAAGAAUAUUGA